CCUGACAGGUGACGUCACAGUUUACAAUGUUCGACACGUGAGGAAUAGCAUGAAUGUGGAUGCCAGGCUUGUAACACGUUUCAAUUUUCAUGGAGGACGGUUGACUAUUAAAAUUCGUGUUUUUGUAAAUAUUUCUUAGAAAUGGCAGAUUAAACAAGAAUGGAGACUUGCGUAGAAGACCAGACGGCAAAGAGGAUAAAACUCGAAGUUAAUGACAGACCUUUGAACUUUGCCAUCAACCCAGAUGAGUUUGAUUUGCAAUGUGUGAAGAAACCUAAAGUCCCAAGGGACCCGAUGUCCCACCGCAUUAUAGAGAAGAGGCGGAGAGAUCGCAUGAACAACUGCUUGGCGGAACUCAGUCGUUUGAUCCCAGCAAAUUAUCUCAAGCAGGGUCAGGGGAGGAUCGAGAAGACAGAGAUUAUAGAGAUGGCAUCAAAGCAUAUAAGGCAUCUACAGAAUCUCAACAAUUUCCAUGGUGGGCAUUUGGAGAAUUUCCAGGUAGAUGGUGCAGGCCGGGCUUGUUGUGAGGAUAAAUUCUACAUGGGCUUCAAGGAGUGUCAGGAUGAAGUGAUGAGGUAUUAUGUGGAGUUUGAGGGUCGGGACAUCAAGGACCCAGUGUGUAUAAACAUCGGAAAACAUCUGGAGCAGGCCAGUCAGAAAUUCCUCCCCAAACAUGUCAAAGAUCAUGCCAGACCCAUGAAAUCUGAUGAGAUCGUAAUUAGUGACACAAAUAGCAAUCAGAGUUCCAGUACUUUGAUGCUUGAGCCCCAGGUGGCCCCCCCUAGAUCAGCCCUUCCAGAGGCCACACCCAGUAACAACCAGGAUCGUUUCUUGAGGACUCUCCUUUUACCCAAAGAACCCUCCACGAGUUCUUUCAGCAGUUCUAGCCACUCUUACAGUGGGUCAAACAUUUCUGAGGAGUCCUAUCUGUAUCCUAUGUCCACGAGGAAUCCCGAGGGGCACCAGGCACAGGGUCGUGAGGAGACCGAGGGGUCUUACUCCAUCAGCAGUCACUCCACAGAGAAAUUAAGUCAUUCCACUGAUUCUGAUAGAGACAGUAGUCAUAAUGGAAGUUCUAAGGAAAGUCAUGCUUAUAAAUUAAAACACAACAUCAUGAAGCGGUUCUCCCAGGACGAGAAAAGGGAGCAUCAUCACCUGGGGACACCCUCUAGCGAUACUUCCUCCAGCAGUUCGCGGGAAGAUGAAAAAAUGAGGAGGAAGUACCUGCGUCACAAGCCUCGCCCCCACAGUAGUGAAACUAGUUCUGUUCAUAGCAGCUCUUCUGGAAGUGAUUGUCAGUCUAGUAACAUUCCAUUGCCAGCCUUUGUGUUAAACCCUGAUGGAACUCAUUAUCUCCCCAUCUGCAUCCAUCCUUCAUUUCUCGACAACAUUUUUCCGAAGAAGGAGUCUGGUAAAAAUUCUAUUUAUCAUCCUAUUAGUAUCCCGGUCAAUUUUGACGGGCCUUACAUUGCGAUGCCUCAGUCGCCACUUAGCCAGCCAUGUGGUUUGUCGGGCAGCAGUUCCAAUAAAGACAGGAUGUUGGGCAUUCCAGAGAUUGUCAACUAGGAGAAAAUUAUAUUUUUUACUGUUACUUUUAUAAAAAAAAAAAUUGUUUGUAGUAUUAAUUGUUGUUCUAUGGAGUUAUCUGUUAUUAAGGUUAUUCAUGGAACAGUUGUUAACAUUGAUACUUGUAAGUUGCUGUAGUAUGUAAAUUUGUAAAUUUUUAAUGUACAGAUGUUGAAUAUUUUAUGCCCCCAUAAUCGAAGAUUUGGGGGCUUAUAGUUUUUGGUCUACCUGUCCUUCUAGCUGUCUGUUUGUGUGCUAAUCUGUUUGUCUUUUUGUCUGCAAAAACUUUAACCCUGUCCAUAACUUAUGACAGAUUUAAGCUAGGGCUUUCAUAUUUCAGAUAUUUAUUCCUUGUGACAAGACCUUUCUUAGAGAAAUAACACUUUUGACCUCUUAACCUUGACCUGGAAAUGAAACCUACAUUUGAAAAAAGUUUUAACCUUGGCCUUGAGCUGCCAUACGGGGGCAUCAGUGUUUCAAAAACUCAUCUUGUUUUUCAUGUUAAAGAUCUUUUCUACAAAAGGGGACUAACCUAAUUGAUAUGUUUUAAGCCACAGUCCAUGGUUUUUUUCCAUAUAUCAUUUCUAUCUAUAUUUCUUCAGUAGCAGCUUUUUUCACUAUGUUGAUUGAGCCAUUAUAAAAUUGAUACAUGUAUUGGUAUCGUUUUAUGUGGGCAAUUAGUAAGGUGCUAUAUUUUCUCUCUUAGAAAAUUAUGAUUUUCUUAUAAGACACAUAGAUUGUAUUUAUAUUUCAAAUAUAAAAUAUAUUGAAUACGCUUAUUACAAUAUUUGGGUAAUGUUACAUUUAAAAAAAAAAUGUUUUUUUUUAGCCAAUGAAGAAGCUUUUGUAUAUAUUCUGUCUAAUUUCUGUUUGUGUUGAGUAUUGCUUUAGAAUCCAAACAUUAUCUGAUUGAUGAUUUCCAACAGUAAUUUUUUUCUUCUGCAUUUUAAAAAUAAACUUAGAACUAGGAGUAUAUAAAAAAAACCAUAACAGCUAUGUCCCUUAGCCAUUUGGCAUAUAAUCUGUGCAUAUUUAUUGUUUUAGUAUACUAAUUUUUCUCUUUAUCUUGAUAAGGCAGCCAUUGUUUUAAAAUUUAACAGAAGGGUCAUAACCCUUACUGUGAUGCUUAUAAUUGUCUAUAGGUCAUGACCCUCACUAUGAUUAGACACUCUUAUGAUUACAAUUGUUAACUUUCUUUUUGUUCUCAUCACAGGCCCACAAUUUUUUUCUUCAAUAUGAUACUGUAAAACAGGUUUCUUGGGUGUAAACUUUAACAUUUUGAUUGCUCAAAGGUAUGCCAAUAAUUUUAGUGGAGCUAUUUUGGGGGGAAACAGAGUUCCAUGAUACUGCAAAAAGAAAGUCCAUCUUCUAGAUGAGUUUUCAGUAGGUUUAAUAGAUGUUUCAAUACUGAUUUAAUCAGAAGUUUUAAGUCAAAUCCAGUACCAGAUGACAGACAUGUUUAACAACAGACUGGUCACUUGUUUUUCUAGUAUUCAGUACUUAUACACAAGGAUGCAAAUUUAGUUGUUAAAAUUUUAGUGGGUUACUACAAAACUUCUAAAGUACACCAGUAUCCUGCUAAAAAAUUCGAGUAUAUGGUACCCUAUUAUAGUGGAACUUAUUUAAUAAAUCUUGUACAUCUGUCAGAAAAGAUUCGUGACGAUUACUAUGCUGUGACACCCUAAAAUCUAGAGUUUAUUCUUGGUUUUAUGAGAAAACUUUUUUUAACCAUAUAUUUAAUGAUACUUGUGUGAAUGAGUAUUAAGUGUUGGUUUUUGGUGUCAUAUAUAAUCCAUAUUUAUUCAGUACUAGACUACUGCUUUGAACUGUUAAGUCAGUGCUUUAUGAUAAAGUGAACCAUAAACAAAAUUUGUCGAAUAAUUCUCCAUUUAUGAAAAUUUCAGAACCAAUUCACCCAAUAAUCUUUACUUUUUCGCUGCUACCAAUAUAGAUAGCUACUUUGACUCAGUUGUAGGUACACAUGUACUCCACUGUUAGUAUUGUAGGCACAUUUUAUAUGAAAGCUUUUUUUGAAGUUGCGGAUGAAAAUAGUCAUUUCGUUGUUUUAUAAAAAAAAAUUGUUAAAUACACUGCGUAAAGCGGAUGAAAAUAGUCACUUUGUUGUUUUAUAAAUAAUUUGUCAAAUACACUGCAUACAGUGAUGUUUCACUUAGUAUUGCAUUUUUUCACUACAUGUGGAGUCUUUUUGCAAGAUAUUCUUGCAUAUUGGAGCUUAAUAAUGAAUUGACAUGUUAUCCUAAUCACUGUCAACGCAGUGAUGUUAUAUUGUUGAUGUUUUAUGAAUUAAAUGUUACAAAUUUUUAA